GAAGGGCUUCACCCGCAAGCACAGCGCGGUAGAUCUUUCUUCCGCCGUAGCUAAGCAACCGAAAAAAUCCAAAAUGCUCUUCGACGUCUCCCGGCAUAGGCGGACAAUCCAUAGUUUGCAAUCGGUUUUAGAUCAGCACGCUGCAGCACACUGCAACAAACGAUUCCAGACGCCCGCUAAGACCCGAGUAGAAAUGCAGCAGAUUGUUGGCAAUGUAGAGUGCGAGAAAGAAAACACACCCGCUAAGAAUUCCACUAGCACUCCGAAAAAGAACCAACAACUCAAUACAUCUUCGGUAAUGAUUCUUUCUUAUACUCCAUUGCAAAGUGAAAAGGAGCGGCGUCAUAUGGGCUGCAAAACUCCUGCAGUCGCAGAUAAAUCAGCAAGGUUAAUGCAAACUCCCCUCGUUUCGCCAAGCAUGAUGGGAAGCCCAAUGAAUGUCUCAAAGGGUGGAGAUUCGAUGUACUUAGUCGAUCUCACAACACCGCCCGCCAAAUCGGUUUCUCGAAGUAAUGCAUCAUCGGCUAUGAGUGGAACGAAGGGACGUUUACUAGGUACAAUCAACCUGGUUUCACCUAGUCCGAAAAGUAAAACGCCUAUAUCUGUAAGAAACCAAACUGGAUCCGCUCUACUAAAGUCGGCGAUAAAGAAUGCACACAUUACGAAGGGAAAUAUGUUUGGCACGCCGAGUACACCGAAACUCUCAGCGAAAAGUAAAUUGUUGUCUAGAUCUGCUUGUAAAUCCGCUGAUCGACAAGGCACUUUUGCCCGUAUUGGCCCUGGCAAUACAAUAAAAAAAGAUUUAAUGAUGAAGAUGACCGCAGAGGAUCCGUCGAAAGAACCAUUCGAUAGAGAAGAAACUCCGCCUAAGACUGAUCCUAGCUCCAUAGAUUUAACAGAUGACUGCAUUGAUAAUGAGGUCCCAAUAGCGGUGGGGAUACUUUACUCAGAGCAGAUAGAGCUGCCUACAUCAUCCGAUGUGCAUGCUUUCGACGUCGAAGCAGUGAUCAAAAAGCCCAAUUUUACCAGGCAGGUUAGAUGCUCCAACUUUUCAGACAUUACACCAGAUGCUUCAUUCGCAGAAAAUAAUACAGAUAAUGAAACUAAUGAACAUCAAAUACAAGAACACAAAGUGGACACAAUUAUUGCAUCUUGCACGUGGUAA